CAACCAUUUCCUUUCUGUGAGAGACGGGGAAACUCGAGCUUGCACACACACGCACACACACACACUUCUUUGCAGUGGGCUCUGCUUUCCAGGACCUGACAUUUGUGGUGGAGGCACUGGGGCCGGGCCCGGACAGCAGAGGUGGCUGAAUUCUUACUGCACUGGCAGCCCUGCUCGGAGCCAGUUCUGAGGAGUGUGCCCAGGCCAACUCCCCCCGCCCCCCGGCGCCUGCCUCUUGAGUCACUUUCUGUUUUCUGCUGCUGCAGGCAAGAAGAGGUGCCGUGGACACGGCCUCUCUGGCCUCUGGUUCCCAGGAAGACGGCACGACUCUGGAUUCUCACUGGUGCCCCCGUUUCCUGCCUGGGAUGGGUCUCAUGGCGACCAGCUUCAGCACAGGCCUGGCCGUGCUCCAGGUGCAGGAGGGAGGAUAAGGCAGAGCCGUGAGUGGCUCACCUGGGCCUCUCCUUACACACCCCUCUCCUGUGCCUGGCUGGAGAAUGAGUGGCGACGUUCUCUAGCUGCCCCAGGUAGCACCUCAGCUCUCCCUGGGCACGCAGCAGCUGAAGGGGACUUGGCAUCCUCUCCACCCUGACAGACAGUGCUGGCCAGUGAUGGCCAUCCAGAAGCUUGUGGCCACAGCUGUGCUGGUGGCCCUCAUCUCCCUCAUUCUCAACAACGCGGCAGCCUUCACCCCCAACUGGGUCUAUCAGACACUGGAGGACGGACGCAAGCGCAGCGUGGGGCUGUGGAAGUCCUGCUGGCUGGUGGACAAGGGCUGGGGAGGCCCGAGCCCUGGGGCCAGAGCUGGGCAGGACGACACGCAGGACUGCGAGGUGCUGGGCUGGGGCUCCGAGUCGGCGGGCUUCCAGGAGUCUCGAGGAACUGUGAAAUUGCAGUUCGACAUGAUGCGUGCUUGCAAUAUGGUGGCCACAGCAGCGCUUGCCAUGGGUCAGCUCACCUUCGUCCUGGGGCUAACAGGCUUGCCUCUGAUGUCACCUGAUUCCCAGUGCUGGGAGGAGGCCAUGGCUGCUGCAUUCCAGUUGGCGAGCUUCGUGCUGGUCAUUGGGUUGGUGACAUUCUACAGAAUUGGCCCCUACACCAACCUGUCCUGGUCUUGCUACUUAAACAUCGGUGCCUGCCUUCUGGCCACAUUGGCAGCUGCCAUGCUCAUCUGGAACAUUCUUCACCGGAGGGAGGACUGCAUGGCACCCCGGGUGAUUGUCAUCAGCCGCUCCCUAACAGCACGGUUCCGCCGUGGGCUAGACAAUGACUACGUGGAGUCUCCAUGCUAAGAGGCCCUUCUCAGGACUUUACCUAUGAAUAUCUACUAUAACGGAAUAGUUUAGAAAUGGAAGGACUCUCCCAUGCCUGUUUGUGCAGAGGUGUGGGAUAAGUCUGGUAACCCAUAUAUAAAUAUGUAUGAUACUUGUGUAUAUUUACUGUGUUACAUACAACUAUAUCCUACAUCUUAUAUGUUAUGUGGACCACCCUACUCUUCCAGCACAAUUUUCCUUGGCUAGCACAGCAUGUGUGUUUCAAGGGUGGAGAUGAGAAUCUGAGAUGGGGAAGAAGUGAUGUGGGCAUCCUGCUCUCUGCCUUCCUUUGGGAUUAAUUUAUUCUGCAUCUGCUGAGAGGGCAUCCCUGGUUAUAUUUCCUUUCACAAAGCAGAACACCCAGGAAGUUUUUCAUGAAGUGUCCAUGAUAUUUCUUGAGUGAAUCAGAAUUUGUAACAGAUGGUAAUGGUUUUAUGCCAGAAUCAGGUUAGUAGUAUGCAUUUUGCUCUUGAUUAUUUUUUUCUAAAUUAAAAUAAAUGCAAGCCUCUUUUAAAUGUCUAAAAAUUGUGUCUACUCUAUC